CGGAAGCGGAAGCCCCGGGAAUGGAGCGGGCCGCGGUGCUGGGGCUCUUGCUCCUGCUGGGGGCCCGCGGCGGCUCCGGGCAGGCGGCGUUGGAGCCGCCCCAGGACAGCCUGCGGGAGGAGCUGCUGCUCAGCCCGCUGCCGUCCGGAGACCUCGCCGCUACCUUCCAGUUCCAGACCCGCUGGGACUCGGAGCUGCAGCGGGAGGGAGUCUCUCACUACAGGCUCUUCCCCAAGGCCCUGGGGCAGCUCAUCUCCAAGUACUCUGUGCGCGAGCUGCACCUGUCCCUCACCCAAGGUUUCUGGCGCACGCGGACCUGGGGACAGCCUCACCUGCAGGCCCCGGCUGGAGCUGAGCUAUGGGUCUGGUUCCAGGACUCGGUCACCGAUGUUGACAAGUCCUGGAAAGAGCUCAGCAACAUGCUCUCGGGGAUAUUCUGUGCCUCCCUGAACUUCAUUGACUCCACCAACACAGUCACUCCAACAGCAUCAUUCAAACCUCUGGGCCUAGCCAAUGUCACAGAUCACCACCUCCUGAGAUAUGCUGUCCUGCCCCGUGAGGUCGUCUGCACCGAGAACCUCACUCCUUGGAAGAAGCUGCUGCCAUGCAGCUCAAAGGCUGGUCUUGCUGUGUUGCUGAAGGCUGAACGCUUGUUCCAUAGCAGCUACCACUCACAGGCAGUGCAUAUCCGCCCCAUCUGCAGGGAUGUUUCAUGCCUCAGCAUUUCCUGGGAGCUCCGACAAACUCUCACUGUGGUCUUCGACACCUUCUCCAGUGGCCAAGGAAAGAAAGACUGGUCCCUUUUUAAGAUGUUUUCACGUACUGUCACUGAAGCUUGUCCUCUGGCCUCUGAGAGCAAAAUCUAUGUGGACAUCUCCAGCAAGGAUCAGGGGAACGAGCUGCUGGAGGUGACCCCAGCUCCACUGUCUAUGCAUGAAGCAGUUGUCCUAGGAGACAGGAGAACCUAUGCAGUCUAUGACUUACUGAGCCCAGCACUCUUCAACACAUCUCGCAGCCUCAAUGUGCAGCUGAAAUGGAAACGGCCCCAAGACAGUGCUGAUCUCUCAACACCGGUGCUCCAUGCUCAACGCUAUGUGAGUGGAUAUGGCCUGCAGACUGGAGAAAUCAGCACCCUGAUCUAUAACACUCAUCCCUACCGUGCCUUCCCUGUGAUACUACUGGAGACAGUGCCCUGGUACCUGAGACUGUACAUUCACACUCUGACCAUCAUCACCAAGGGGAAGGAGAACAAGCCAAGUUACAUCCACUACCAGCCAGCUCAGGACCGAAGGCGGCCCCAUCUUCUGGAGAUGCUGAUCCAGCUCCCAGCAAACUCUGCCACCAAGAUCACCAUCCAAUUCGAGAGAGCCUUACUGAAAUGGACAGAGUACACACCUGACCCUAACCACGGGUUUUACGUGAGUCCAUCUGUCCUGAGUGCCCUGGUGCCAAGUAUCGUUGCAGCAAAAGCUGUAGAUGUUGAGGAGAGUCCUCUCUUCACCUCACUAUUUCCUUCUUCUGAUGGCUCAAGCUACUUUGUGCGUCUCUACACAGAGCCGCUUCUUGUGAACUUGCCAACACCUGACUUCAGCAUGCCAUAUAAUGUCAUCUGCCUCACCUGCACCGUGGUGGCCGUGUGCUAUGGCUCCUUCUACAACCUGCUGACCAGAACCUUUCACGUGGAAGAGCCUAGCAGGGGGGGCCUGGCCAAGAGACUGGCUAACAUCAUCCGCAAAAUGAGGGGGGUUCCUCCCCUCUGAGAGGGCCAAGACAGCCAGUGCUGUGGGUAUUGCCACUGACCCCCAUGUACAAGUGCCAGGGCCUAAGGGGAGGCUGAUGGGGUAGGACACUUGCUACCUCAGGAAUCUGGGUUUUGUCCCUAGACACCAAACAGUCACUUUUUGUUAAGGAGGCUGGUGGGAAUUGUCCCAAAGCCCAGAUCCAAGGGAUCAAGGAAGAGGUAUAAAUCUUCUGGGGAGGGGUAAAUUAUUAUGUUCUGAAAAGGAGGUGCUAGAAAUAAAAUCCCUGGCUUUGUA